AGUGACCUUCCACUCACUCUGAGAGUUGGUGUGUCUGCUCUUUGUCGGUGUUGUAACCACGUCUCUUUCUUGGCGUUUUUGCUGCGUGCUUCGAGAUAUAAUUUUUAAUAAAUAUUCUGCUCACGAGAGAAGCGCUGCUUGAGGGAUGCCAGCAGCCAAGUUGCCCCGGAGGCUGCCAGCGAGGAUUCGCCCCCAGUGAAGAUGGUUGACGCCGGAAGAGAGAAACGUCACCCGGCGGAGAAGCACAAAAUUUCCCCAGUCCGUUUCCCUCAAACUCAGCUGCGCGUUGAGUGUGUUAGUGAUUAAUCUGUGAUGAUGAAAGACAAUGACAUUAUAAUGGGAAUUACCCCCGAGUGCAAAAACACUCACGUUUCCUCGCAGCAACAGUACCAGUCUGAGUCCUUCAUUAGCAGAUACUUGCCCGAACAUAAAAGCGAAAACAAUAAUGCUUACUCGGUGCAAUACGUCGGGAACGAGUGCCGCUGUGAAGAUGUUGCACGUUCUAGGGAAAGACGCAAGAUGGCGCAUUCCGAGCGCACGUGCUGCUGUCAAUAUAGUUGGGGAAAGGGCCCUGGAAUUUCCAGGUUGCCCUUCAUUCGUGGUCGUUGCUUUCCUGGUAUGCCUGCGAAGCCUUUGCCUCUCCGUUGCCUGUCCUCCAACAGCUGCUCUUUUACAUAUCCUUUUAUGAUAGUGUCUUUACUUUUCCUAUCUAAUGUAAAGAGGUUAGUCAAGUCCACAGCUAGAUUUGUUUUAUACGCCCCUUUGUCACAUAUGACCCCCCAUCUUGCGUUUCGUCAUCCAAAUGGUACUCACUAUAGACGAGGCCAGAAAUUCAUUAGCCGAUCGGACUCCACUUACCAGGGACCGCCGAGGUUACACAGCAAAAGAAAGAUUUCUAAACUUCACAAAAAAUCCACUCUGAAAAUGCAUUCUCACCGAAUUAUUGCAAACCAGGCGAAGAGAAAAACACCGAUGGCGGAAGGAUCAAGAACCAAGCUGCGCUUAAGAGUAUUUUUGUACAUUGUCUUGGCGCUGUUCCCCAAUGCAUCCACGUCUUACGAGCUCAAACCAACGACCACUGUAUCAAGGGUAACAUUAGCAGGACAGAAAGCUCAACUGCCAUGUGAACUUCCACUUCCGGCUGACAGGCCUACCUUAAUCUUAUGGUAUAAGGAUCAAUCAACAAAACCGUUUUAUAGCUUCGAUGCGAGAGAAGCGGCGAGUGGUCGUCACAAAAUCCAUGACAAUUCUGAUCUCGCAACAAGAUCCAAGUUUGCCUUAGACAAAGAUUUCCCAAACGUGAAGAAUGGUCGUAUCGGAUAUCUUGAAGUUGAGGGUGUGAUAUUAGCAGAUGCGGGAAACUAUACGUGUAGAGUUGACUUCAUGACAUCACAGACUAUGAUGGCACUUCUGAAGCUCGCUGUUCAUGAGGAAAUCCGAGGACUCGAGGUCUUUGAUAUGGACGGCGGAAUCGUGAGCAAAGUGGUCGGUCCACACGAACAGUUCAAGAGAGUCAUGUUGUCUUGUCGCGCUUAUGGGGGAUAUCCACCUCCGGUAGUGCAGUGGAUGUCUGGAGACAUGAUCCUGAAAUCGUCGACUGAUCAGGCUUAUAACUUAGAACCGGAAGUCAGCCUGCCGGGCGGCAUGGGGUCCCAGCCACUCCCCAUGGUGAGCGUCAUGCUGCAUUUGGCCGGCCUUCGGAGGGAAGACAAUGGCAGAGAAAUCAAGUGCAUUGCUUUCAACACUAAUCUUACCCAGCCAAGGUCUCGCGUCCUCACUAUACAAGUUUAUCUUCCUCCUUUAGAGGUGAAAGUAGAAGGUCUGGAAAAACCAAUGAGGGCUGGAAUCGAAUCGAUGUUGUUGUGUAGAACCACCGGAUCCCGGCCGCCAGCCACGCUCUCCUGGAAACUGGAAGGGUCGUCUGCUCUGACGCCUUUACCUGCUCAGUCGUCGCUGGAUCAGAACACGACUCUGAGGAGAGGGCGGCUCCUGCCGACGACGGACGACCAUGGGCGGACUCUCACCUGCGCCGCAACCAACCCGAAGGUGCCGGAGUACAAACUUGCCGUGUCUCACACCCUGGAGGUCCACUUUCCCCCUGAAGUGGAGGCGAAAUUGGCACCUGCAUUAGACCCCAGCAACAUUAAAGAGGGAGACGACGUCUACUUCGAGUGCAGCGUCAAAGCAAAUCCCCCGGAGUCCAAAGUCAUUUGGCUCCACGAGGGAAAGCAACUACACACGGACCUGCAGCUGGGAGUAUUGGCACAGGGGAAGAACUUGGUGCUGCAGAAAGUCAGUCGACACGCGAUGGGCAAUUACCGGUGCAGAGUGACGAACUCCAUUGACACAGUCACCAGCGCUCCUACUUCACUCAAUGUCAUGUUUGUUCCGGAAUGCAGUGACAACACGAACGCGACGGUGUCUGUCACUCCGACGGAAGAGGUCAAGCUGAACUGCAGAGUCGACUCCAACCCAGAGGAGGUUCGAUUUAUAUGGAAGGUAAAUAGCACCCGUGGAGAGAAAGAGAUCGGGCCAUCUCGUUAUACAAGCCAAGGACGAAAUAGCAUUCUUGUUUACAGGCCCAGUGAAUAUGCCGUCACUAAUGAUCAGUAUGGAGUUGUUUCCUGCCAAGGAAUCAAUAAACUGGGCAUACAAAAGAUCCCUUGCUUCUUCAUCAUCAGUCCUGCCGGUCCACCAGAGGAACUCGAGUCCUGUGUACUCAAGAACCAAAGUGCUACUUCCCUGGCUGUUGUUUGUGUACCUGGACAUGAUGGAGGAUUGGAACAACAUUUCAUUGCUACGAUCCAGGAUGCGGAAAACGCAGAGAUAGUGGCUAACCUCAGUUCCAAAGAGCCUCAAUUUUCGGUUGGGGGUCUGGCACCUGGUCGCGAUUACCUGGUGAUGGUCAAAGCCACGAACAGCAAGGGCUCCUCGGAUCCCUACGUCUUGGAAGGAUUCGCUCUCAAAGUUCACGAAAUAAAGAUAAACAACUCCAGCUCAGACGAGUCUUCCCCUCUCUUGGCGGUGUUCGUCGGUGUUUUAAGCAUCUUCAUCGUCCUCUUCAUAGCAAUCGCCUUCAUCAACAGAGCCAGAGGCCGCCGAAGACGAGAACAGUCUGCUCAGGAAAUGGCCAGCAAACUUUCAACAACUGAGGGCACAACGCCAGUGUCUCCUCCAGAAAUGGCCGCAUCACUGGAAGGCCGGGCUGAAGAUGAUCCCAAGACCGUUGAAGUCGAGGCGCCGGCGGCCCUUCCCCCCCAAACCCUCCUCACUCCUGAAGUCCAGCCUCAGGCUCUUCAGGAUCCCGGCAGCUUGGCUUCCCACACCUACAUUGCCGGUGGUCCCGCAGGUCACACCGGGUCAUUGCCGAGGCCGCAGUUGCACAGUCGACCGCAGCCGUUGCACUCGGUUGACCUCCCUCACAUCACUUCCAGUAACCACAAGUACUACACACUCAAGAUCAACUGCACUCGACAAAAUAACGAAAGUUUCGUCUAGACAUCCCAUAGUCUCUGUUUGUUCAUGUUUCCUUAAUCUGACGGAGGAUAUGAAAAGAAGCGAAGACUGUGUGUUAUGACUGCACAGGAAAUGUAACCUGCAUCUCAUCUGGUAGCAUUCUAAAUGGAGGGAAGUAAACGCUUAGCAAAUACUAUAAAUAAAUUAGGAACAUUCCGUGUAAGAAUCCUCACUCUAUGGGUCAACGGGUUUUCAAUUUUUCGGAGGAGAAUCAAUAGAAUGGACGGCGAUGUCGACCUCACUCAAUUCUGGUGAAAUAGAACCCCAGAGGAUAUACUCAGUAACAUGUGGAUCUCAUUACAUAUACUAAGUUUGAUCAAAACGCUCAAUUAGUUAUAAACCCUAGGAAAAUUCUCAAGAACGAAAAGGAUUUGCUCAUUAAUUAAGUAAUAAACUGAAUUAGAAAUAAAUAUCGCUGUCUUUACUGUUGUGUCAGUAAUGGUUAUUCUAGUUUAAGGUAUAAGGAUGGAUACAUAAGAGUCCUGUUGACGCGCAAAUUUCCGGUAUUCAUUGUGUCUUUCAUUACAUAGUAUUCACUGUACCACUGCACACCAGGGCUCAGCAGUCCAAGAAAACCAUUGCUGGGAUGCUACUAAUGACGUUAAACCCGGUUGGAAGGUGUCUUAACGAUUCUGCGCAAAAGGAAGUAAACUGAAGGAGAAAGAGACUUACUAUGAACCCACAGGAAUAUCAGUCGAAAAUUUACCCUGUAUUUUCUUAUUAUCUAAAAGGAGCUCACAAACCUAUACACAAAUCCACACAUAUAACCAGUAUAUAUAUAUAUAUAUAUAUAUAUAUAUAUAUAUAUAUAUAUAUAUA